AAGCACUCCGAACCCAUGGUCUCACUUAGCAGCUCCAGGAUGUUCCAGCUGCUCCAGAGUCACAUCCAGUCAGCUGGACAGCAAAGCCACAAAACUCGCCUAGUCUCCAAAGACGGGCACUGCAACAUUGAGUUCAGCAACAUUGAACACAGUAACCACUGUGCGUAUCUGGUGGACUUCUGGACCACCUUUGUGGAGAUCCGCUGGCGCUUUGUUCUCUUCCUGUUUGUGGCUUCAUUCAUGGGCAGCUGGUUCAUUUUCGGCCUGCUGUGGUACUGGAUCGCAAAAAGCAACGGGGAUCUGACGGGACAGAACCGCACGGCUGGACAUCUCUACUGUGUAGACAAUGUUAACAACCUCACAACUGCGUUCCUCUACUCCUUGGAGACCCAGACCACCAUUGGGUAUGGUGGCAGGUCGCUGACUGGGCACUGUGCUGGCGCUGUGGCUGUGCUUAUCAUCCAGUCACUGAUCGGCAUGUUCAUCAGUUGUUUCAUGUGUGGCGUCAUCAUGGCCAAGAUCUCCUUACCCAAAAAAAGGGCAAAGACGGUCACCUUCAGCGACACAGCUGUCGUCUGCUUGAAGAAAGGAAGUCUGUGUCUCCUGAUCAGAGUGGCAAACCUCCGAAAGACCUUAUUAAUUGGCAGCCAGAUCUACGGUAAGCUACUUAGGACAACAACCACGGCAGACGGAGAGAUCGUCAUUCUGGACCAGGUGGACAUUGACUUUACGGUUGACGCUGGCAAGGAUAACUUAUUUUUUGUUUGCCCUCUGACCCUCUACCACGUGAUUAACAGAUCAAGCCCAUUCUACGAGCUGUCGGCCGACUCUCUCCCCCAGCAGGACUUUGAGUUGGUGGUCUUUUUGGACGGGACUGCCGAGUCCACCAGCUCCUCCUGUCAGGUCCGAACCUCCUACAUCCCACAGGAGAUUCAGUGGGGAUACAGUUUCCUGCCCAUCAUCUCCCGCACCAAGACGGGAAAGUACUCCGUGGAUUUCUCAAACUUUUCCAAAAGCGUCCAGGUCACCACGCCACACUGCGUCCACUGCUUCGAGACAGACGCAGACCACAGAAACCACAACAGCCAAAACCAAGAAAAGCUCAAUAACCAGCAGAAGUUGGGGAUCGACAACCUGGGAUUCCAGGUGAUUGCCAUUCAGGAUGCUUUGGUCACUAAAAUGUGAGCGGCUCGGAGAGAAACAUGCUCUCCCGACUGAAAAUCAAGCACAGCGACUCCGGAUGUGGUGUUUUCCACUCCCUUUUAAGCAAAGUUUUACUGUUAGCCAGACUGAAGAUGGUGUGAAUUUCUUUUUUUUUGUCUUUUUGGGACUUUUUUGACAUUGUCUAGGUAAUGUGUAGAAGAGGGAGAAGGAGGGAUUGAAGUUUUGACGCAUGGAAAAUGAAAGGGGUAAUAUAAUGGAUGGCACAGUGGGUACUUCUUGAGGAGAUUAGGGCCUGAGCCUGUUAUAAUGAAAAAGUACGACAGGCCUCUUGAGUUUUCUCAUUUUUCCUUCUAAACCACACACUGUAUGUUUUUGUCAUGUUGACAGAUCAUGUUUGCCUUGGUAAUUAUUAAACAAUAAGUUAAUAAACUGUGAACAUAGCUUCUAUACGCAAUGAUUUUAAUUGUGACUAGUUUACAGUUUGUAGAUCAUAACUGUGUGACACUGAAACUUGUUCUCAGGGAAAGUAACAUCUUUAGUUGUAAUAAACCUU